CAUUUGGACGAUAUUCUUAAAUCAAGCAAGCAAGAAUUCAAAAUGUCUAGAGAGGAUUUAUGGAAGCCUACCGUAGGUCGACGGACGACGGUAAUCUAUAGGACCACGGCUGGAGCUGCUCCAAGUAAAACAAGCAGUGUUUUUACUCAAAUACAACCUCAAGCUGUAAGUGGUGCCUAUGCCGCAAUGUCAACGGCGGGCGUUGAUAGCGUUCUCACUACUAGAGAAAAGGAAAAGAGAGAGAUGCAGGAUUUAAAUGAAAGAUUUGCAUCCUACAUAGAAAAGGUACGAUUUUUGGAAGCUCAAAAUCGAAAAUUGGCCCAAGAGCUGGAGAGUCUAAAGCAAAAAUGGGGUAAGGAAACUGCCGCCAUAAAGAGUAUGUACCAAGCAGAAUUGGACGAAGCGAGAAAGAUAUUAGACGAAACUGAAAAGGAAAAAGCUAAAUUGGAACUUAAGUGUGCAAAUUUGGAGGAGCAAUUGGAUGAUUUGCGUAAAAAGUGCCAGGACUAUGAAAAACAGAGGUUGGCCGAUAGAGACAGAAUUGAAAGGCUCAACCAGCAGUUGGCCGACUUUGAGAGUGAAUUAAACCUACUUAGAAGAAGAGUUGAUUCUACUCAGGGCGAUCGGGAUAAGGACAAGAAAGAGAUCGAACGCUUGACCGACGCUCUUAACAGGACAAGGAUUGACCUUGACUCUGAAACUUUGAAACACAUCGAUGCGGAAAAUAGACGACAAACCCUUGAGGAAGAGAUUGAAUUCAUGAAGCAGGUUCAUGAAGAAGAGAUGAAAGAGUUGGCGGCGAUGGCCUACCGCGACACUACUGCCGAAAAUAGAGAAUUCUGGAAGAAUGAGAUGGCGCAAUGCUUAAGAGAGAUCCAAUUGACUUACGAUGAAAAAUUGGACGCUUUAAGAUCUGAGUUGGAGGCCUACUACAACUUGAAGAUGCAAGAGUUUCGAACUGGAGCGGCCAAGCAGAACCAAGAGACCCAACAUGCAAAGGACGAGGCAAAGAGGCUAAAGCAGCAGUUGGCCGAUCUAAGAGCUAAACUUGGAGAUCUAGAAGCGAAAAAUACAAUGCUAGAGAAGGAGAUGGAUAUUCUAAGAAGGGAAUACGACGAAAAAGAAAGAGAGCUUAUGAUGGAAAAUGAUGAAUUAAAACAAGAUGUAGCUAAACUUAAGGCAGAGAUGGAAGCUAUCUUGAAAGAACUUCAGAACAUAAUGAAUACCAAAUUAGGGUUGGAGUUGGAGAUCGUUGCCUAUAGAAAGUUAUUAGAAGGGGAAGAAAGGAAUGGUAUCCCUUUAUCAGAUUCCUUCAAAGUCAACCAAAUUACUCGCGGUGAAAUGUCCGCUAAAACCACCUAUCAAAGGUCAGCGAAAGGGCCUCUGACAAUAUCAGAUUGUUCGUCCGACGGGCGAUAUAUAACAUUAGAAAACACCGGAAAGAAAUUAGAAGAGUUAACGGGAUGGCGUUUAGUACGGAAUAUCGAUAAUGAUCCUAAGAAACGUAUCGAAUAUACCUUCUCGAGUUUAUCACUCCGACCUGGGCAAAGGAUCAAGUUAUGGGCCGGCAUAAAGGGAGCGGGAGCAGGUCCUAAUGAUGUUGAAACUGGUCUAGGAUCGUUUGGAAUUGGAUCAAAUGUUGUAACCAAGCUUAUUAAUAGCCUUGGAGAAGAUAGGGCCACUCACGUACAGAAGACUGUUUACUCUUCCUAA